CAUAAAGAUCAGACUGCACGAAAACUCGGACCGACUGCCUUUUGCCUUCGCCACGAGUCAGCUCUGAACUUAAAAGGCUGGCUUCGACUGGGUCUCAGACUCAGAUUUCCACCAAGUAGCUGGAUCAAAUGGACAAGACGCUGAAGAUUGCCAAGAGAUUUGACGGAAAGGUUGCGAUCGUCACGGCUUCUACACAGGGCAUUGGCUUUGGCAUAGCCGAGCGGCUCGGCUUGGAAGGUGCCUCCGUCAUCGUUUCUUCUCGCAAACAGAAAAACGUAGAUGAAGCGGUUGAAAAACUUAAAGCUCAAGGAAUCGAUGCGUUUGGUGUCGUUUGUCACGUGUCAAAUGCACAACAAAGGAAGAACCUCAUAGACAAGACUGUUCAGAAAUAUGGAAAAAUAGAUGUUGUCGUAUCCAAUGCUGCUGCUAAUCCAUCUGUUGAUACCAUUUUGCAAACUCAAGAAUCCGUCCUGGACAAGCUAUGGGAUAUAAAUGUCAAAUCCUCCAUACUUGUUUUAAAGGAUGCAGCUCCUCACAUGCAGAAGGGUUCUUCAGUGGUUAUUAUUUCUUCCAUUACCGCCUUCCAACCACCUGCUUCCAUGGCUAUGUAUGGGGUUACUAAAACAGCACUUCUUGGGCUUACCAAGGCGCUUGCGGCUGAGAUGGCACCAGAUACUCGUGUAAAUUGUAUUGCUCCUGGUUUUGUACCAACCUACUUUGCCGCAUCCCUUUUGGAAAAUGAAGUUAGGAAGGAGAUCGAGGCAAAGACUCUACUUAACAGGCUUGGUACCACUCAAGACAUGGCUGCUGCUGCUGCCUUUUUGUUGUCUGAUGAUGCUGCUUAUAUAACAGGAGAAACUCUGGUGGUCGGGGGAGGGAUGCCCUCAAGACUGUAGUUCCCUUUAUAUCUCUCUAUCAUCUUCUACCAACCUCAUAAUAACCCAUUGGUUUAAUUACUUGUUUAGUCGUUUUCAAUGGGAUAAUUAGAAGGCAAGAACCUUUAAUUCUCGGGUUAUAUAUAUCUUCCUAUUACUUAAAA